AAGACACUGUGUGAAAGGGCACUGGGGUAGGGAGCUCUGGCCAUUGUGGGUGGGGUGUGGGGCACAGGGGAAGGGAACUUGCAGCAGUGUGGGUAUGGAGGCUUCACCUGUGUCUGGGGCUGUUGAGAGAUGUAGGAGCGCUGUGAACAGCCACGUGGGUGCCUGCAGGACCUGGUGGAGGACUAGGGGCCGGCCGAGGCUGGGGGAGGAGGCAGGAGAGCUGUGCGGAAGGGGAUUUUUGGAGCAAGCCCAGGCCCUGCCAUGUGUCAGGGCAGGAGGGGGAGCGAUGACAGCCAUGAGGCUGCUCUGAGUGGGUGAAAGCAGGUGGGCGUAGGGGAUGGACAGACCUUGGGCCUGAGGCAGUGGGUCACAGUUCUGGGUCUCCCAUCUCAUGGUAAAAUCUUCCCUUACCAGCACUGGUGCAGCCUAAGGUGAAGAUGCUGGAGCAGGACCCAGGAAUUCUUCAGGCAGGAGUUGAGGGAGCAGGAAAAGUCCCUCACAUUGUCCAGUCUGGGACUGGUGGAGCCUCCCUGAGAUGGUUGGCACUACAGCCAGUAAAGCAGCAGCUGCAGGAAGAGCCGGUCCAAUGCCAGAAGGUCCAGGGAAAGGAGGUGAAGCAGGCCAUGCAGCCCCCGUCUGAGGCUGAGCUGCCUUCAGAGACCACACAGUCAGGCCCAGGGGAUGACUUCCCCACUCCAGAGACUUGGUGCCAACGCUUCAGGAGCUUCCCCUACCAGGAAGCUGAGGGGGCACAGGAAAUUUGCAGCCACCUGCAGGAGCUCUGCCAGCACUGCCUCGAGCCACAGCAUCAUAGCAAGGAGCAGAUCCUGGUGGUGCUGGAGCAAAUCCUGGCCAUCCUGCCCCAGGAGAUGCAGAGCUUGGAAUGGGAAAGUGGUGUAGAGACCUGCGCUGAAGAGUUUCAGCUGGAGCAGGCAGAGGACAACAAGCUCCAGGUCACAGUGAAUAUGAAGGUCGCGGAGGUGUCCUCAGACAAAAUGCAGCCCACUGGGGCAUUGCAGGGACCUGUAGAUUCCUGGCUGGAGCAGCCAAGGGCCCAUCCUGUGGACAGACCUCUGGAGGAAGAAAGAGAAAGGGAAACCCCAGGACAUCAGGACAAGCCAUGUUAUGUCCCCAGAGAUGAGGCCCUGCCCCACCAGGAGUCAGGUGCAGGGACCCUGAGCAGAACUGAUCAGCACCCUCCUGAGGAGGGGCCCAUAAACCUGGAACUGCAGCAGACUUUGCCAGGGAGAUGGGGAGAGAGGGGCUCCCUGCCACCUGAGUCAAGCCAGCUACAGAUGGGGCAGUGCCAGCCUCCAAAGCAGAGGAAGAGCCUAGAGCUGCAGAAGAUGUUUGAGGACGUGGCUGUGUAUUUCACGCGGAAGGAGUGGGAGCUGCUGGAAGAUGAAGACAAGGGUCUUUACCGGGACCAGAUGCUGAGGAAUUACCAAGCCCUUGUUUCCCUGGGAUAUCGAGGUCCCACACCUGACUUAAUCUACCGCAUCCGGCGAGGACAGGUGGAGCUCUGGGUCUAUGAUGAUGAGGACCAUGAAGAUAUCUCAAGGUUGGAGUACAUGCUGCCAGGAGGUGCCUGCCUGCUGAGCAGAGUUCAGGAGCAGCCUUCUGAGGAAGGGCCUGCAAGCCUGGUGCCACAGUGGAUUUCCCCAGGGAGUUUGGGUGAGAUGGACUCCCUGAGACCUGAGACGAACCAACGGCGCAAGAGUCAGAGGAGGCCCCAAAAGCAGAAGGAGAACGUAGCGGUGAACCAGGUACUAGCUCCAAUUUGGCAUGAGAGUGGAGAAAGGACAGAACCCAGAAAGAACCCUGGGUGGAGGGAAGAAUUUGUGGAGCUGAGAGACCUGAAGAGUCACAAGGCAAAGUUCCACUGCAGAGAGACCCUGCAUCCAAACCAAACCAGUGGAGUCAGCUUCAGAGGGAAGCAGGAGCUCACUGCCAAGCACAGGAAGAGAGCCCACCCCUGUCCUGGGUGCAGGAAAACCUCUAACUGCCCCUCACUCCUGGCUCUGCACAAGAUAGGGCACAUUGGGGAGACGCCCCACAUAUGUGCCAUGUGCGGGAAGAGCUUCACCUGCCUCUUGACCCUGGCUGCUCACUGCAAGAGCCAUUCAGGAGAGCUCCCAUACCACUGUACCAAAUGUGAGCAGAGCUUUGUGUGCAGCUUGGACCUGGCCAAGCACCAACAUGUGCACAGGGAGAAGCAUCAGUACCGUUGUGUCACGUGUAGUAAGACCUUCACCUAUUUCUCCUCCCUGGCUCAGCACCGGCGCAUCCACUUGGGGAGGAAGACACACCACUGCACCAAGUGCAGGAAGAACUUAAUUUUCUGGCAGGAUCUAUCCCAACAUCGGUGUGUGAAGAAGGCAGACAAGCCACACCACUACACCAAGUGUGGGAAGAGCUUCAGGCAGCCCUCUAAUAUGGCCAGGCACACGCUCAUGCAAACAGGGGAAAAGCCACAUCAGUGCUCUGUGUGUGGGAAGCGCUUCACCCAGCCCUCCCACCUGGCCAAACACCAGUGCAUCCACACAGGGGAGAAGCCACACCAGUUCCCUGAGCAUGGGAAGAGCUUCAGCUGCUCCUCAAACCUGGCCCAGUACCAGCGUAUCCACACAGGAGAAAAGCCAUAUCUUUGCUCUGAUUGUGGGAAGAGCUUUACCCACCCUUCCCACCUGGCCAAGCACCAGCUUAUCCACACAGGAGAGAAGCCACAUCAGUGCUCUGUGUGUGGAAAGAGCUUCACUCAGUCCCCACACCUGACCCAGCAUCAGCGCAUCCACACAGGGGAGAAGCCACAUCAGUGCCCUGUGUGUGGGAAGAGCUUUGGUCAGUCCUCCACCUUGGCCCAGCACCAACGUAUCCACACAGGGGAGAAGCCACAUCUUUGCUCUGUGUGUGGGAAGAGCUUCAGCCGCUCCUCCACCCUGGCCCGGCACCAACUUAUCCACACAGGGGAGAAGCCCCAUCAGUGCUCUGCAUGUGGGAAGAGUUUCACCCAGUCUUCCCACUUGGCCCAACACCAGCGCAUCCACACAGGGGAGAAGCCACAUCAGUGUUCUGUGUGUGGAAAGGGCUUCAUCCACUCCUCCAGGCUGGCCGAGCACCGACACAUCCACACAGGUGAGAAGCCACAUCAGUGCUCUGUGUGUGGGAAGUGCUUCACCCAAUCCUCCAGCCUAGCCAAACACCAGCACCUCCACACAGGGGAGAAGCCACACCAGUGCCCUGUGUGUGGAAAGAGCUUCAGCUGCUCCUCUACCCUUGCCCAGCACCAGCUUAUCCACACAGGGGAGAAGCCAUAUCAGUGCUCUGUGUGUGGGAAGAGCUUCACCCGCUCCUCCACCCUGGCCCGGCACCAGCGUAUCCACACAGGGGAAAAGCCACAUCAGUGCUUUGUGUGUGGGAAGAGCUUCACUCAGUCCUCCAUCCUGGUCCAGCACCAGCGCAUCCAUACAGGGGAGAAGCCACACCAGUGCUCUGAAUGUGGGAAGAGCUUUACCCACUCCUCCAGCCUGGCCCAGCACCACCGCAUCCAUACAGGGGAGAAACCACAUCAGUGCUCUGUGUGUGGGAAGAGCUUCACCCAGUCCUCCAACCUGGCCAAACACCAGCGCAUCCACACAGGGGAGAAGCCACACCAGUGCUCUGUGUGUGGGAAGAACUUCAGCUGCUCCUCCACCCUUGCCCAGCAUCAGUGCAUCCACACAGGGAAGAAGCCACAUCAGUGCUCUGAGUGUCAGAAGAGCUUUACCCACUCCUCCAGCCUGGCCUAUCAUCAGCUCAUGCACACACGGAAGACACCACAUCAGUGCUCGUAGUGUGGGAAGAGCUUCACUCAAUAUUCCCACCUGGCCCAGCAACAGUGUAUUUACACCCGGAAGCAUUCAUACAUAAUUCUGCCAACAAUACCAGAAGGGCUUGUGGGGUGGGGGGAAACUACAGAAAAAGUUUACCCAGCCCUUGGCCCUUGCAGGGCACUACAGGACCCAGAGGCUGGGCCACAAGGUUUGAUUGUGGGAGGGAAGGGGCUCAGGCAAAAUGCCUCAGACAGGGGCCAGCCUAAAUGCUGGGAGAGCCUGUGAGGAGAUGCUCUUUGUAUCAGCCUUGGAGUCUAUGCAUCUCCCAUCAUUCUCUAAAACCGGUCAGUACUCCCAGGGGAAGAAGUGCCUUCACAAUACAGUGCCUUCCCCAAGACAGCUGCCUCCAAAUGACACCCAGGGACUUUUGCCGCCUCCCAGCUUUGUCCUCCCUCCUGGUCCUAGGGUUCCGGUGUGUGAGGCUCUGAUCCCAUGAUUUUUGGAUGCAUACCAAGAGCUUCGAGAUGACUCUACCCUUCAUUUUUUUCAGUUUUGGAGCAGAGACAAAUUUCUGGGAGCAGGUGGCAAUAGUAAAAAUGUUUACAGAUCUUGUUAUGGAGCCGGAUGUGAGAACAUUACUGGAGUGCUACUGUGAAAAAUUGUGUUACAUAGAGAAGGUGAAAGAUGUGGACUGUUUGCACUGGGCCAUAGUAUGCCCAUUUGUUAGUGUGGACAGACCUCUCCAAGGAUUAUGGGGGUGUGAGGUAUCUCCCUCCAGAAUAGCCUUAGGGUUCCAUAGGGAGAGCCCAAACUUUGUCAUAAGUGUGGGGAGCAUGAGUAUCUUACCAUAGCUUCACACAGAUUCUGUGCUCCUUGUGUAAAGGGAGGGGAUGUGAGAAAACACUGUUACUAAGCGUGGGUAUGUAAUGUAUGUGGAGAGAGGGGCCACAGGUUCCAGUCUUGCCCCAAAAUCUUUGUGACCAUCUUGAGAAGGAGGAGACCAGCUGGCACAAGGGACACAGAGGAGAGGGAAGAGGCAGGCAGAGAGGAGAGCAAAGAACCACAGGAAAAACAGGAAGAAAAGAGGAGGAGCUGUGGCAGAUGGAGGAGACAGUGCAACAGAGUCGGAAAGAGAUUUUUGAGUUGGGUUCUUGGGGUUGUUAGAAGAACAAGAUGAACAAGGGCAGACUAGUACUUCCAGAAGUGGAGGGAGAGGUGGGGCAUCUUGGAAGAAGAAAGAGAGAAGGGGAUGGAGUGGCUCGCUGAAAGUGCAAAAAGAAAAACAGGAUUAGCAAACAUGGGAAGGGUGGUGGAGAAGAAAAAUAAGGAAAGGCAGGGAACAAGACAUGGGGCUGGAGGAGGGAGAGCCUUCCUCUGUAGAGGCCCCUGCCAACCAGAAAGUUCAGGCCACAGGUGCAAGAUGGUAACAAGAUGGAACACUCCCUCUGCAACAACUCAGUCACCAAAACUCCCUAUGGGGCUGCAGGCAGCCGGGGUGCAGGGGGCCAAGCCCUGCCUGCUUGUGCUGGGGCCGCCCAUGCUGCGUUCCCACCAGUGCCCAUGGCCCAGGUGGGUGCUUCUUUGCUCCCUGCACCUCCAGCAGUAGCUCCUGCUCCUUGUCUUGCCCACCCUGCACCACGCUGCUCCAGGCGGACAAACGGCUUCAGCCAGGCAGCUCCUGCUCCAUCACAUAGGACUCCAGCUCCAGCUUCCAGGAAGAUGGCUGGGGCUCUGGCUUCAGCUCCUAUGCAGUGGGGCAGGAGCUGCCCAGCUGAAGCUGCCUGCCUGCUUGCCCAGAGAGGUGCAGCAUGGCACGGCAGGGGCAAAAUCAGGAGCAGGAGCCUCUGCUGGAGGUGGGGCAGUAGAGUAGCACCCAGCUGGCUGCAGCUGCGCCAGGAACAGCCCUGCAGGAAGCUGCACACACUGGCUGGGGCCAGGCCACACGUGCCAAUAGGAGACAGGAGUGGGCUACGCUAACAUAAGCUGAUGUGCUUGGCCCCAUUUAGCCGGACCCAGUUACCUGCUGGGCUGAAUCUGGCCUGCAGUGGGGUGGUAUGCCAGGGGCGAGGAUUAUGAUUACUUUGAGGAGAGGUGGACCUGGGGACCUUCACAAUGGUCUGGCACUAAUGAAAAGAGAGCAUCUGGCAUGGUUCUGGUACAGAACCCAUCUAUUAGCAAUUGACAAGUGGCAGAGGUGGUAAGCAGGAGGAUUUUACAGUGAUACUGCUUUUAGUAACAUGUAUGUGACCUCUUAGAAAGGCAAGCCUGCUGUGGGUAUUGAGUAAGCUUGCAGUGAGCUUCCCAGGAUCCAAACCCAGUGUAUAGCUGGGAAAUUUCAACUGUUUUAUACUGGCAGGAGAUCAGAAAGCGAGGAGAGGGGGAGGGAAUGGACAAAACCUCCAGACUGUUGAAACAAAUUGUGGAGAAAAACACUUGGCAGGAUGUGGAGAGGAGAGGCCCAGAGGAGGAAGUGAUGGUUGUGAGGGUCGACUGAGCAUAACUUUUCACUCAAGAAUUGAUUUUACCUUCUGGUUUCAGCAUUCAGAGGUGAAGGAAGUGGAGAUGGUUGAUGUUGACGUUGAGGGUGGUGCUAGAUUUCUUUUUGGACUUUUUAUGUUGAGGACAAUGUUGAAAUAAGGAAAAUGUUUUGUUUUUGAUACUUAUUGUUAUUUUAAUGAUAAUGAUAUUUCCCUGCCUCUGCACCCCGAUUCCAGAUAGGACCACCAAUUGCUGUCCCUUCUUAGACAUGCUGUCCUGCCUCUGCCCUGCAUUUUGGAUUGUUGAAACACAGCUCUCUCGUGUAUCUGACCUGGCUUGCGACCUGGCCUUGCUCUGUGUAGUGUUUUGGCCCUGAGUCAGACUCUGACUCUCUAGCUUUGACCCUGGCUACCCCUUGUACCUCAGCUAAUGGCUCAUGUGAACUACUAGCCAGACAGCCAAUGCCUCGGUAUGUGACAGUGCAGCACCUGGUUCAAGGAGACAGAGCCGUCCCUAGGGGUGUGUGGGGCCCGGGCCAUAUCAGCCUAUGUGGGGCUGGGGAGGUGGGAAACAGCCGGAGUGGUGGGGACCGAGCAUACGGUGGCUACAGCGGGACCUGUACGGCACUGUGUGGGGACCCCCCAAAGCUUGGGGCCUGGGGCAGUCACCCCAAUUUGCCCCUCCCUCCCCCAGGGAUGGCCCUGCAAGGAGAGACCUGGUCUUGGGCAGGGGUUGCUCAGCACUGUGUACCUGUGCCAUGCACUGAGCAUACCAAUUCUCAGCUCCUCCCCUAUUUGUCAGCAAUGUGUCUGGGCCAUGUUCUUAGCUCCAUAUAUCUGUUUCAGUGCUGGGGGGGCAAUUCCAGCCCCCACAUAGGUCCAUUCUCAACCCCGUCCCUCAUUGCAGCUCUGGGGACAGAAAUAACAGAGAAUAUAGAAACCUGAGGAGAUGGGGUGUCGGUGGGGGGGGUGGGGAAAGCCUGGAGGGGAUGGGUUAGGUUCCCUAGAAAUUCUCUGAGAGCUUCAGCAGUCAGCGGGAAUGGAUGAGCUUGAGGGAGAGUGAGUUGCAUUGUGGGGAACAAGGGAGCCUUGGAAGGAACCAGGGAGAAUGGAAGAGCCCUGAGGGGUGAGGAAUUUAAAAGGGCCAAGAGAACUGAGGAGACAGGAUGUUGGGCAUGAGCAGGGAGGCUAUGAAAGGAUGGAAAGAUAAAUUGAGAGGUGAUAAAGCAGCCUUGAGACAAGGACUUUGCAUUGGCAGGGGUGGGGGGAACUGAGUGAAUGGGGAGUUAGUGUGGAAUGGGAGAGCCUGAAGGGAUGGGGUCAGGGGGUUCCUGAAGGGACUGCAAGUCAAGUUAGGGAAACAAGGAGCCUUGAUGGGUGACAAGGGGAGAAGGUGGAGACCAGGGGGGGCUUUAAGGCAAAGAAGAACUGGAGGAGCCCUUCAGAGACAGGGAACUAGAAAGCAAGGUAGAACCUGAGUGGGAGUCAGUGGGGGAACUGGCAUGCCCGAGGGACUGGGGAGAGGGCAGAGGCCUGGGAAAACAGGGUCCAACUGUGGGGUCCUGACAUAUUGGCAAUUGGAGGAGGAGGGGUGUUGUGAAAGGUGAACAGUAUGUGUGGGACAUGCAUGUUCCAAAUUUCUGUGCUCUCCAUGCCCUCCUUCAGGCUCUCUGCUUUCUCACCCUGAUCCAUCCCACUCCAAAAGGGGCCCAGGGACCAGCUCAGAUUCUCUGGCCAUUCACUGCCCCUAUGUGUGGCAGGAGGGCUCCUUCCCUCCCAAGUUUCAAGAUCACUUCAGCCUACCAAGGGAGACUCCUACACAGGUGGCCAGUGCGAAUUUGGAGUGAGUCAGGCCCUGGGUUCAAAACCUAAUUGCUGUUUUCUGACAAAGGUCAAGUGCUUUAAUGCCCAAAGUAGAUUAGUCUGAACCACUGGGGUUCAUAGGCAGAAAUCCCUGGAAGAGCUAGGUGUCGGAAGUUGGAGCUCAAAUUAGCUGAGCACACAGGGAUCUGGAUUCAAAACCUCUGAGCACCUUCCACCCCACUCCCACCUGCCUGUGGAAACAUCCCUCAGAGCUGGAUUCAGGGAGGUGGUCAAAUAACUUGGUUUUGUCUACACAAAGACCUAAGAGAGCUUUAAUCCACAUUUAUUUUUAUGGCAGAGUAACAUGUUCCUUUGAAUACUGACUACUUUUGAAUAGGAGGUAGACCCAUGUUUCCCGACUCGCAGUGUAAGGAGAUAAAGCAUCCAUCAAAGUUGCAUUAACAAGGAUGAAGUCUUCACGGUCUAUAUGUUUUUACUGGGUUUUGUUUUACCCGAUGUUUAAGAUCCAGGGCACUUUGGAAGAACUGUUUGUCUUUUCAGAGUGUUGUAUUUGAAAGAUUUAUUAUAUUUGUUCCUCCCCACCUCUCCUGUGUGAAAUUCUUAUUUAGACUAAGUGACUUAAAUUAAAUUUUGGGAGUGAGUUCAGCUCGUGUGAAGAGAGACCAGUUUCACUGGGAUGGCAAUGACCCAUAGAAGGGGAUUCAUGUAACUUAAGAGCCACUCCACUGUUACUUCGAUCAGACUCAUUGUUCUAGUUAUCCUGGGAAAGGCAAGCCCUGGCUGCUGUUUGUACCACCCCUCCCUGUCCCCAGGGCAGCACUGGAGAGGGGACACAACAGUGCAGAGGCAUUCCGGCCCCCAACCCCCGAGUGUCUUGGCUCUCCUGGCAGUGCAGGAGUGGGAUUCCUGGGGACUCCUGUCCAGCUUCACCCCCUGCUUCGGACCCAAUAACAGCAGUCACAGAAUGGGGGGAAAGUGAAAGAGGUGAGGUCAAUCAGUGCUGGGACUGUGGUGUCUAGUAGUACAUGUGCACUGGCAGAAGUGAGUGGGGGGGCCACUGCACCAGGCUGCAGCAGCAGAGGGUGCAGCUCAUAGAGACACACGUACUGCUGCACAGCUGUCCCAGAGACCCCUCCAGCCCCCAGGGCACCAGGCCACUGGUAGGGAGAUGCUGGCCCCACCCCUGCUAGGGAAGGAGCUCAGCAAGGGAGACCUUCCCUCUCCCUGACAGCUCCUGUGCUGUUCCGGUGUGCAGAAGCCAGGGGAGCAUGUUCAGACGGGUAGCUGGGGCUGCACCCUGGGGCCUUCCACUGAGAUAGGAAUCCAGGGCUGCCUCCAGCCCAGGAAGUAAGCAGGACGGGCAUAAACCAGAGACACCAGCCCUGGGUGCUGGAGAUGCAGAGGUCAGAGACAGCAGCCGACAAACCAUAGCCCUUGCACCAGAGGCAGCUGCAGGACUCUACCCCCCUGGGAUAGGAACAGGACACAGGCCUCUGAGCUGGCCCUGGCCAGGACCAGAGACAGCAGUGGGGAACAAAGCCUUGGCCAGAGGAGCACAGGGAGGCUACUCAAGGACCUGGUGUUGCUGCCCCUGCCCCUGGGGAAGUGAAUGCCCCAUAAGUUGCCAUUACUGGUGAGGCGAACAUUAGGGCUGUGUGAAACAGCAGCGUUCCAUUUCGACGUUUUGAUGGAAUAGUGUUUGGUUUUGAAUUUUGUUUCGAUUCGAAACAGCUGUUCCGUUCCAUCAAAACAGGGUCGAAACGGCGAAACUUUCAACGUUUUGCCCAUAGGAUAUAAUGGGGAAGGACAAAACAGCCAGUAACUGUAAUUUCUAGCCUGAUUUGGAUGAAACAGGAAUCGUAGCCCCUUCUGAGGGCAGGACACCUGCCAAGUUUCAAGGAGGUAAGUGCGGGGGGCUCGAGGAAACUACCUCCCAAAAUCUUGAAAGCAAAACUCGUGUAUGUGUUUAAGAUACAGAGGGGUCAAAACUGCAGGCAUGCUAGUCCCUGCUGAGGCCACAAAGCAUGCCAAGUUUCAAGGAGAUAGGUUCAGGGGU